AUAGUACUAUUUAAAAAAAAGGAUAGAAAUAAGAUACCAUUUUGUAUUCUUAGAAAUGUUCCAUACCCUUUUUUUUCUUAUGCGUUCUUGGGGGAAAAACUCUUUUGCCAUGAAGCAAUAAGCUUUUCCUGUGUAUUGUGCUGCUAGUCAGGGAAAAUAUCAGAAUGUUGUGAAGUAUCUAUUUGUAAACAACAUUUAAUGUCCCAAUUAAAAAGACGUUGCUUAUCUUUAUAUUACCUCAAACCUUUUAUUUAUUUGAUUUUCAAAAAUUUUGGAGAAUAAUUGUUAAAUUUCUUUCUUAGUUUUAUUCGUUUUACAAACAUAUAAAAUUUUAAGAUAUGUUACAUCUGCCAGUAAUUUUUUUUUUAAAAAUCUACGCACAUGAAUGCGUUUUUAGUGUAGAUUCUCUUAGUUAUAAACAAACCUUUUCCACGACGAUAGCAAUAAUAAUUGUAGUCAAGCUAGAACAGUUGGUAAAUUCUCUUCAUGAAAAGAGGUUUAAAAAAAAUAUUCGGGGGGAGAAAGAGUAGCUGUAGGUUCGUCUCUCCCCAUUUCGAACACCUGGCUUUUACUGAAAUUAAACAAAUAAAAUAUUCUAAAAAAAAAAUCUCAACAGAAGAUUUGGGGGUUUAGUAACUGCCCUACCACCGUUAAACUUCAUUGUUCUUAUGUAAAAGUUGUGGAUUUUUUUUUUCGAUCUUUUUCACUUUAUCCUUUAUUAAGCUCUUCCAAAGGGUUAAACAUGCCAUAAAUUAACUAUCCAUGGUAGAUUUUUAUGAGGCGUGAAGCAUGAUGGGAAAUCGAAUUUUUUGUGUGGUUUAGGAUAGAAGUUUUGGAAUAAAGAAUGAGGAGCUCUUCAUGGAGGCGGUAUGAUGUACGAUUCAAAUAUGUACAGCAGUCCUCUCUCCCUUCUACAGCUUCCUGCCUCUGCACUUCCAGAAGUGACGGGCCGUUUAACGCAACCUGGUAACUCAGUGGCACGUUUUAGUCAAGACGGCAAAUCCUUGUCUGAUCUGAGAUCGCUUGUGCCAGAAGCCGACUUCCGACAGGCAGCAGAGGUAACAGUAGACGUUGGAUUUGUCUGCAAGAAGUGCCACAUGGUUUAUCCUGCCGAAGUGUUGUGCCUCAACCAUCAACGGGCCUCUUGCUUUCAGAACAGCCCUGUCAGCGAAAUAAAAGCCACCCUCAAGCUUGUUCAGUGCCACGUCGAAUGCCGAGCAUGUCGAGAACGUUUUACCACCAUCGUCGACUUUAAGUUCCACUGCGACAUGGAUCGGCAUGUAAAAAGAGUGCAAAAGCUGCAGAGGGAAGCAGCUGCUGCUACAGCUGUGGCGACUUCUGCAGUCGCCAACCACUUUGACACACUCGCCAAUCGUAUGGCUAUGGCUACACAUCCGCCUCCUCUGAAUAACAAUGCAUUCGAAGGCAACGCUUCAGCUGCUGGGCUAUUGGGCAGGAAUGGAAUGAUGCCAGAUAUGGCUCAGUUGUUUUUUUCUGGGAUGGGAAUGGACUCGAUAAGGCUGGGAAUGGGUUUAGACCCGGAACCUAGUGACGCAAAAAAUAAAACGGCGGCAGUGGGAUGCAAUGUUGAUGCUGGAGUUUCAAUAUCUUAGAAUAAAAGCCAGCCGGAAGGCUCUAAAAACGAAUUAAAAUAAGUUGUCUUUCAUACGGUCAAUGUACCGUGAAUGUUGACCUGAUGGCCUUUUCAAUAUCUAAAGCAUCUAAAACUAUCCGUCAAGCCUGACUCUCAGUUAAUGUUUUUAUUCAGUGGCAAUAACGAACUUAAUGUUUGAAAAAAAAGUUGUGCUACCUGAUUCACUGUACAGAAAUGAUAUGUUUUUAAUUGAAAACAUUGCCACUGAAUUAAUGUUUCUAAUUGAAAACAUGAGAUGUUUUUAAUUGAAUAGUUAAAGUCAUUUAGUUGGGGAUAAUUUUUGUUAUCCUUGCAAAACAGAAAUUUCUCUUUGCAAUGACUAUUCUUUGAAUAGCCCAUUUUGAAAGUAAUUUUGCUUAAAAUGGUAUAUAAUAAUUCCUCAAGUGGGUUAAAGUACAAAAAAAGAUGAAUUCUUCGAUGAUGUUUACAAGAUUGUACUCAUUUUGUACUUGAAAAAGGUAGCACAACCGUGAUAAAGCGUAUACAAACGUAAACUUUGGUGGAUUGUAAAUCAAAAGUCACUCCACCGCACUCGAUUCCGUGAUCGUGAUUGCAUAUCCGGUCCUUGCUCAUUGUCAUAAAUACGUAUGUAGAGAGUUUAAGUAAAAUGCAUCUUAACAAAAAUAACUGACAUUUUCUAGCGUAGGUUUUAAACUGAACGUUCGCAAACCGCUAUUUCGUGUAAUAGUAAAUAAUAAUAAUAUUAACAAAAAAUUUACUAUCAACUUUGUCCAUUGGAGUGGUUGAAAAGAGGCUCGUUUCGGACUCAGCAAAACAGGGUUAAUGAAAAUAGAGACAAAAUAAUUAGUACAAUCAUUUCACCAUGUGGCGGUUGAACGGAAAUCAUAACAUCUGUUUUUUUGGGAGUAUAUUAAUGCAUGUUAGGCCAGUGUUUUUCUUUUAUAUUUAUUGUAAAUAGACGUGCCUGGGUAUGAUGUGAGCGGGUUAAGGCGACCCAAUGAGCCAAGCUCAACGCAACUUUCAUUUUAAGAGGGUCAUUUCGCCUUAUCCACACUACGCGGCCUUUUUUCUUUGAGAAUUGUUACUGAUGCUAUCAAACUAUAUAUAUUAAAAAACUAAUGUUCCUAAGCAGUUUUAUCACAGCUUCUGUCAAAGUUCCUGAAUUUUUUCUACAUCGAAAAAAUUUUAAAAAAAUAAAUAAAAAAAAGAAAAGAUUAAUAAUAUGGACAAAAUGUUUUUUAAAUACAUUGUCCAUGUUGUAAAUGUAUAAAUAUCAGUUAAAGUUUAAAAAAAUGUUCGAUACCUUUGUACGUAAGGUUAUAUCAAAUGUUUAGGCAACGCUUACAGAUUUUUUUUUCAAUUUCCAGCCAAUACAUAACAAUAAAUUUUAAAUAUUUAAGUUGUUUACUUCGAAAUAAUUUUGGUGUUCUCCAGCAUUAAAUGUGACCCAUUGCUGUUAAGCAGCUAUAAUUUCAAUAUAGUUUAUAUAAAAUUAUACUUUCGCCAAAUUAAAACCUACAUUUUAAUGGGAUAUAAGUUGACUUCUUGUGUAAAUGUUACUUUUUUUCACAACAAGCAAUUAAUA